AAUAAAACUCUUGGUUAAAUAUUUAUACAAAUAACAACAGUAGCCAUUACUUUAAGGGACGUGUAGCGCCUAGUGGUUAACACAUAGCAAGAACUCCCGUUCACAAAUAUCACUUAUUUUGAAGGCGCUUGAUUCAAACGGGUUGUUGUUAUGGUGAGAUUCCACCUAAAUAUUCGCACAUAGACUGAUGAUUUGUACAACCCCAGUCAAGUCUCAAUAAAAAGGAAACCACCUAUGUGUCCAGUUAGGUAAAAAUACCUAGAAAAACAUGAAACCUCUUUGUACGUGCUUUGUACUACAGUUUUCUUUUUUCUACUGGCCUAUAACAAACAGAAGAAAAAAUAACUGUCUUCUGACUGUCACCGUUUAUUGUAUGGAUGUGGUUUUAAAUAUUCACAAAAAUGUGUUUCGUCUACACAAAGACGAGAAUUUUAGCAAUAAAAGCUAAAUAAAAAGCCAUAAAACAUGGCAUUCUUCGCCCUUCUAUGGAAGGCGCGAACUAUAGAAAAAUAUAGACUCAACUAUGAAAAAGAGAAGAUCAAUUCGAUAAUGGUGGGACCCACGCAGAUGGAACAAACGUUGUCCCAGAGAUGGCGACACUAUCGACAUGACACAAAAAAGCGAAUAUCAAGGACCUUCCAAAAAUGGUAUCCUGAGGGAAGUGGAGUCGCAAAGUUCUUCUUAUACUUGAGAACAGAUCAGACAUUUCCCAAUUUCCUGUUGAAAAGUGUGUUGGGAUUUCUUGGGGGCAUAAUACUGACGUAUCUUUGUUUCAUGUUCUUUGUGUUCCAACUGUCGAUAUCGUUGAUACACGCGACUAUUAUGAGUUCCAUUAUUGGAGUGCUCUUGACUUUGGGCUUGGCUUUUAGCUAUCGGAUUAGAUGCCUAGUAUUCCUGCUGAUUCCUCAGUUUUUCUCCCGGGUUGGAAGGUACACCCUUACCUGUUACGCUCUGGUGCUGAUCCUGACAGGUCCAGCUACCAAUACACUGAAGAAUUCCGAAGUGCUGUCGGAAUCUAUGGCUUGUAGUCAAGAGCAGAUAAAAAACAGCGUCCACCAAAUAAACGAUUUCAUGAAGAGGCCUUUCAACGCCCUGAAGGACUCCUUGAAGCUGAUGGUAGACCGCCUGAAGAUGAUCACGGCGAGGGUUAAGGAGACGAUCAUCAGGAUAGAUAGACUGGUGUUGAGUGUUGUAAGCGUCAUACAUUCUUCUUUCGCUUGGUUGCAAUCUGUCACCGAUAUUUGCAACGAGAAUCUCGGAACUCCUUACGAGAGAUGCCACAAUGCUAUGGCUGAAGGGAUAGCAGACUGCGAGAAGACUUUAGGACCUGAUAUUUCGCAGAUGUGCCACGUGGCGUAUGUGGCUCAAGCUGCUUGUUAUUCAGUGAAACCUUUCGCGGCUUUCUGUUAUGCAACCGAUUUUGUAUUGGAUGAAGCCGUUUUGGUCGGUGUUAGGAAGAAACUAAAGAACUUCUCGGAGCACAUGCGAGCGAUGUUCCACGUGGAAGUCCACAUGAGUCACGCUUACUCCUUCAGUAGUAACACCAGUAGGUCUGCCAGUCAGGUCGCCGCUGGUAUCGUCACUGAGAUCAGGAACAGAGCUGAUCCUCUGCUUACCUGGUUGUCUUGGAGUUCUUGUGUGACGAGCUUGUUCCUGCUGCUUAUUAUAUUCAGAGCAAAAUACUACCAACACAUGUAUGAGACCCGCUCGAGAUUUGACAAUCGUUACGUAACCAAAGAGUUACAAGAAUUAGAUCUGAAAAGGCAGCGUCAAGGCAGAGAAACGGUCCUGCCUUUGAACAGACGAGAACGUGCCAAAUAUAUCACUACAACGUCUUUCCGUCUCGUUGCUUCUGAGAAGGUCUAUCUGAAUCGUUCAGCAGUGUUCAUGGCUAUAACUACCUUCAAGCUACUGAUACAUAUGGUGGCUGACUACAGUCUGUAUUGGGUGUUGAUGACCAUACGUUACCAUGGGAGGUACCACACUGAUAUGAUGCGUGCUCAUGUGACUGGCACUGGUUUCGUGGCUAGACUGUUCAAGUCUAUAAUAGGUGUCCUGGAUAUACCAUUGAAGUUCACACCACCUUCCCCUAUAUCGUGCUUGCCGGAUCCUUAUCCGCCUGAUUUAAGGAGGUAUACUCAAAUUGUUUGUGUUUUGACUCUUCUUUCUCUUAUUCCACUAGGAGUCCUAAUAUUUCUACUAUGGUUCUUCGCUCUAUUCGAACCAUAUGGGCUGCGACUACGUCACCUGAUCAUGGGACACUAUAGACCCGAGCGUGCCAAAGCUAGAGCUACAUGGCUGUAUAACCAUAUCUUGAGGACACGAGCCAGUUUCAUGAAGUUUGCCAGAAGGAAACUGCAUCGUGAGUACAAGUAUACGUCGGAGGCUUCACUUACGUUUCGUCAGUGGGUCACUCGCCGUGUACCUUUUCAGUGCCUCAGAUGUUUGCUCGGAUUGGGUCCAAGUGAAGACCAUUGCUUGCUGUGCGGAACUACAGCUUCUUCCAGCGAUCCUGACUCUCGAUUAACGAAGUGCGAAACCCCGGGCUGCCCAGGUACAUUCUGCAUAAGUUGUUUCACAGACAUUGGUGAACUGUGUACCAUCUGCCUAUCACCAGCUGAUUAUGGUGACCUUAGCGAUGUCAGUUUCGAAAAAGGUUCUACAGACGAUGAUAGUGACAGCGAUGCUGGAAUUUAUGACGAUAGACACUCUUUAAAUGCCAUGUAUAUGAGUGAUAGCAGUCACUCCACAAAAUCUUCUAGCAGCGAACACAACAGUAGAUGGCAUUAUUUUACUAGAAGUGGAAAUAAAACAGGGCCUUUUGACGCAAUUGCCUUAUUACAUGCCAAUAAGUAUGAAAGAGACAUUAUCACAAACUAUUUCCUUAAACAGUACAGAACCAUGAAAAGUAAUAUGAAAAUACGUUGUUGGGAUAAAAAGUAUACUCUGGAUUGGGUCACGAAACACACUUCUGAAAUUUUGUAUGAAGAAUUAGAAGCUGAAGAAAAUUAUCACUCUUAUUCAAUUGAACAAAUUGCUGAAUUUGAUAAAGUAGCCAAUAGAACAAAAUCUGUCGGUGUUAAUACUGAUAGAAAUCGCGGUGUCAUAUUAAACAUGUUACUCAAUAACUUUCGUACACGAAAACUAAAGACGAGUAGGAAUAAAAAGAAAAAAGAUAAACCAAAUCAGAAACAAUACACAAAGUUAUCACACACUGAAAAUGUAAAGAGACCUAAUGUAAAGACCCAUACCCACCAGGUAUUAGAAUACAAUAUCUUGAAUGUUCAUGUCAAAUCGUUGUUAACAUCUAAAUCGUUAAAUGGUCACAAUUUGGCAAUACGGCAAAGAAAUUUGAAAAGCAUUGUAAGAGGCAAGAAAGAUACCACAAGAAAAGAUAAGCAGAAAGUGUACGAAGAACUAAAAGGUGUCAUAAAAGCAAUCAGACAAUUUCUUAAAUGUAAUGACGGUAAUGUUGAAUCCAAUCAAAACAACGAAGUUACUCCAAAUAAUAAUCCUAUUGAAGAAAAUCUCGAUGCUACUAAACCUAUAGACAACACUGGCAUUGACGAAAAGAAUAAUAAAAAGAAAGACUCCAAGAAAGAUAGCUUGAAAAAACCAAAAAAAUCUAAAGAUUUGAAUAAAUCUAAAACAAAGAACUCGCGCUAUAGAAUAGCUGCAUUUCACACGUUCUUCUCGAACCAUUGGAAUAAUUUUAAAUGCGCUAUAAUGCCUUGCACUGCCCAGAAUAGAUCAGACAGUCCCCUAUCAAAAGAGAAAAAAAAUCAUAAACGAAGAAAAAAACGGAAAGAUAGCAUUGACUUGAAUGAAACGGACGUAGAAGAAUGUAUUGCGAGAAAGGAUAUUAAACAUACAAGAAACCUUAGAAUAUCAGCAUUUUUAGCUGAAUGGGAAUGGACCAAAAGGGAUUAUAGGAAAGAUAAGGAAUGUGAAGGAAAUGAUGAUUCUUUUUCUUUACCGAUGGCCCUCCAAUAA